AUGGCGACCACAAAGACAGGGCAACCUCUCGAUCGGUCCCUAGUGGACUCUAUGCUUCGGAGGCGAUUGUUCUACACCCCUUCGUUCGAAAUCUACGGUGGGGUAUCCGGCCUAUUCGACUACGGACCGCCGGGAUGCGCUCUCCAAGCCAACAUCGUCGAUCUUUGGCGAAAACACUUUGUAUUAGAAGAAGAUAUGAUGGAGGUGGACUGCACAAUGCUCACCCCGCAUGAGGUUCUGAAAACCAGCGGGCACGUGGACAAAUUCGCUGACUGGAUGUGCAAAGACCCCAAGACUGGCGAGAUUUUCCGAGCAGAUCAUCUCGUAGAGGAAGUGCUAGAGUCGCGACUCAAGGGUGAUAAGGAGGCACGUGGGCAAAAGGUGCAGGUUGACGAGGAGAAGGAAGCAAAGAAGAAAAAGAAAACCAAAGAGACCAAAGCAGUGAAGCUCGAGGACUCUGUGGUUUCUGAAUACGAAGAAAUUUUGGCUCAGAUUGAUAAUUACGACGGCGAGGAACUCGGUGCUCUUAUCGUCAAGCAUGAUAUCAAAAAUCCGGCAACCGGAGGAGACGUUCUGCCCCCAGUCUCUUUUAACUUAAUGUUUCAAACCGCAAUUGGCCCCAGUGGACAACUUGCCGGAUACUUGAGGCCAGAAACCGCCCAGGGACAGUUUCUUACGUUUCAGAAGUUGCUUGAUUUCAACCAGCAAUCCAUGCCAUUCGCAUCCGCAUCCAUUGGGAAAUCUUUCCGCAAUGAAAUCUCGCCGCGCUCUGGCCUCUUGCGUGUACGGGAAUUCUUGAUGGCUGAGAUUGAACAUUUUGUUGACCCACAAGGUGGUAAAAAGCACCCCCGCUUCCAUGAAGUCGAAAAUACGGAAAUGGAUUUCCUCAGCAAAGAAGUUCAGCUUUCUGGAAGCACGAAACCCAAUCGAAUGACCAUUGGAAAUGCCGUUUCUACUGGCCUUGUCGACAACGAAACAUUGGGAUAUUUCCUCGCCCGUAUUUACAUGUUCCUCUUGAGGAUUGGUAUCGAUGAAUCUAAAAUCCGCAUGCGCCAACACAUGGCAAAUGAAAUGGCACACUACGCUACUGACUGCUGGGAUGCUGAGCUUUUUAGCAGCUAUGGGUGGAUUGAGUGUGUUGGCUGUGCCGACCGGAGUGCUUACGAUCUUACCGUGCACAAGAAUAAGACUGGUGCCCCUCUAGUUGUUAGAGAAACUCGGGCAGAGCCUCUUCGCAUUGAGGAAUGGCAGGUGGAUAUCGACAGAAAGAAAUUCGGACCUCAUUUCAAGAAAGAUGGCAAAGCUGUAGAAGCUGCUGUUGAUUCACUUUCCCAGGAACUUCGCGAGAAAUUAUCGUUAGACCUUGAGAAAGACGGAAAGAUUAUCAUUGAUGUAGCAGGUGUCAAUGGUGGACAGGCAGAGCUGGGCAAGGAUCUUAUUAAUAUCGAGAAACGUACCCGUGUGGAAAACGUACGAGAAUACACUCCCAACGUCAUUGAGCCAUCCUUUGGCAUUGGAAGAAUACUAUACUGUCUAAUGGAGCAUGUAUACUGGUCUAGAGAAGGGGAUGAAGCUCGCGGUGUAAGUUAUCCUCCAUUCCCAUAUGCUUUUCUCUGUAAACCUAUCGACUUGCGUGGAUUUGAUCUGACUUGGUGCACAAAACAGGUGCUCUCUUUCCCCCCUGUAGUCGCUCCCACCAAGGUUCUCCUUGUUCCCCUCUCCAGCCACCAGUCAUUCCAGCCUCUGGUAAGGCAACUUACACUUAAACUCCGACGUAUGGGUGUUUCCAAUCGUGUCGAUGACAGUUCGGCAAGUAUUGGCAAGCGAUAUGCAAGGAAUGACGAGCUUGGAACCCCCUUUGGUAUCACAGUCGACUUCCAGUCGGUAAAGGACAACACAUUCACCUUGCGGGAUCGAGAUAGUAUGAAACAAGUUCGUGCUACUGAAGAUGAAAUUUGCAAAGCAGUCAAGGCUUUGGUUGAAGGCGAAGAGACUUGGGAUGAUGUUAGAACUAGACUUCCUGAGUUCCUUGGUCAGGAAGUCGAGUAG